AUGCGACAGAAGAGGGAGGCGAAGAAUAGAGCUAAGAAUAUGCAGUUGGGUGGCACCUUAGUACCAGAGCCACCACGUGUAAUGAACCGGAAGUCAAAGAAGUGUGAGUGUCUUGCAAUGUUGCGAGCUAGUAUUAAUGGGGUGGGUGAGUGGGUAGUAAAGACAGUUGUACUGGAACAUGUGAAUCACCAGCCAACUCCCAGCAAGUGGAGGGGAGUGAAGGAGUAUAGGAUGGCUCAUGUUACAAAGCAUUUCAAGCAAAGUAUAAUAACGAGUUAUGAUUCGGGUGCUCCAGUGUCACAAGUUAGGGCAAAUCUUGCUGAACGUUUGGGGGGCAUUGAGAAUGUUGUGUUAUCUGAAAAAGACAUGAAUCACAUAGUUCAAAGUGAACGGAAGUUGAAAAUGGAAGGCGGGGAUGCGAAUGCAAUGAUGACUUAUUUUGAGGGGUUACAAAAGGACAAUGACAAAUUCUACCAUGCUCAUAGGCUUGACGAGGAAGGUCAUCUAACGGACAUUAUGUGGGUUGAUGCAAGGAGCCGUGUUGCGUUUAGUGACUUUGGGGAGGUCGUAUGCUUCGAUGCCACGUACCUAACAAACUCUUAUGAGCUCCCUUUUGCAAAUUUCGUAGGGGUGAAUCAUCAUGGUCAUUCACUGUUGCUCGGGUGUGCAUUGAUGUCCCAUGAAGAUUGCGAUAGUUUUAGUUGGUUGUUUAAGCAGUGGCGUCUGUGCAUGGGUGGUAGAUGUCCUGCCGCUAUUUUAACUGACCAGGCCCCGGCAAUGAGACGUCCUCUUGAAGAAGUGAUGCCUGAGGCCCGUCAUCGGUGGUGUUUAUGGCACAUAAUGAACAAAAUACCUUCGAAGCUUGGGACUCAUAGCCGGUAUGCAGAGUUGAAAGAUGCGGUGAAAGGGGUUGUGUAUGAGAGUUUAUGUGUGGAGGAGUUUGAGAGUCGGUGGGCUAGUAUGUUAGUUGAAUAUAAGGUUAUAGAUCAUCUCAAGAGUAAUGUUUGGCUCGGGGAUAUGUAUAACGAAAGAAAUAUGUGGGUCCCCGCUUAUAUGAACAAUUAUUUUUGGGCCGGCAUGAAGACCACGCAGCGCGUAGAGUCUAUAAACUCAUUUUUUGAUGGUUUUUUGGAGAGGAGUACAAAGUUGUUUGAGUUCCCUAAAAAGUAUUGUGCGGCUAUGAAUAAAAGGUGUAGUGAUGAAAAAGACGCGGAUGCAAAAGGAUUGAAAUAUAUCCGUAAAUUGGUCACCGGUUUUCCCAUUGAGAAAUUUUUCCAAAAGCUAUACACGGACAACAAGUUCAGAGAUGUCCAAAGAGAAUGCGAGAGGCUUUUGUAUUGUGUUGUCGAGGACAAAAAAAUUUCGGAGUCAGGGAUUGAAUAUAAUUUGGAGGACAGGGUGUGGAUAAUUGUUAAAGGUAAAAGUGAAGAGAUUUUGACGCAGUAUAAGAAAUUCUACGCAGUUAAGUUUUGUAAGGAUCCAAUCGAAGUAUCUUGUGUGUGUAAGAUGUUUGAGACCAAGGGUAUUCUAUGUAGGCAUUGUAUUCGUGUGUUAGAUACAAACAGAGUUGUUGAUGUUCCUGAAAGAUACAUCCUUAGGCGGUGGCGGAAGGACGUAUACCGGAAGCACAUGCAUGUUACGGUUGCUUCCUAUGAUCCCACAAAGACUGAGGUAGUUAAAAGGUUUGACAAAAUGAUGCUAAAGUGUGAGCCAAUAUGCGAGGAAGCAACAAUCAAUGAGCAAACAAUGGAGUAUGUAAUGAAUGAAUUGCAAACCCUCCAGAUAGCUGUUACAGAUAGGGUAAAUGUUGUGAAACAGAAUCAACAUUUCUUGCCGCUAGAGUCACUACCAUAUCAGGACCAAGUGGACAACACAGAAGGGAAUAUUAAGAACCCUAUCGGUAGAAGUAAGAAGAAACGUGGGAGGCCUACAAUAUUAAGACACAAGGCAUUGGGUGAGAAUAAUUGUUGGAAGACCAAAAAAAAGGGUACGAAUAAGGUGCAUGAUGAUCCGAAAGGAACGAUUGUAGAAGGACAGCCAGAGGGCGUGUUGACUAGGGAUGGAACGUUGCCGGUCAUUAGCAAGGUGAAUCAAACAGAGAAUGAGGAUCCUGAAAACGCGGAGGACAUUGGAUGUAUUUCCGUCGUUCCCGAUGAUGAUAUAUUAUUAAGCCGCAAUAGCAUUGUGUGGUGCGACGAUGUUGAACGUCUUAAAUUCGUAUUGGGUAAAGAAAAUAUGAUCCUCAAUGAAGAUUGUGUAAUUGAGAGGAAUGGUAGUUAA